AAGAAACUCACCCAGCUUACCAUUAUCAGUAGAACACAAUACUGUACGAGUCAUCAUCGUCAUGCCUAAGAUCAAAGCGUUGAAUAGACUACCAUUUCAAACGGCUGUAUCUGCUCUGAAAAGAGGAGAAGGUUCAUCACAAUUACCUUCAGUUGUCAAAGGGAUAAAGAUGAAAUUCGUAGCGAGGAAUUCUCCUUCUGGUCCAAGAGAGUUCAUCAAAACCUACGCUCCACGUAUAGCCUAUGCCAAUCCUUCCAUAUCAAUGUCAUUUGAACGUAUACCUGAUCCGAGAAGUAAAAGCAAAGAUCCGAAAGACAAGAAUAAAUCAGCCGAUAUAAGUUUGUGGGAGAAUGGACAACCAGAGCCGGAAUUGUUUGUUGAAUAUUUUGAUUUUCCCGCACGGACGAUCAAACUAGGUAAAAUGUCCGGAAACGAGAUUUUCAACCGACUUCGAGAAGUCUCAGCAGGUCAAGGCGUUUCCCCGUCAUUGACAGAUCCGGCCGAACCUCCCUUACCCACAUCUUGAAUCUUGUUAUGUCUAUUUCGUCCUCCAAUCUUCCUCUUCUACCAUAUCAUUCCAUCUUUUCGAACGAUAGCACAACGAGAUUCCGACAUAGUAAAUUAUACUCACCUCGUCAAAACGGAAAUCGACGUACAAGAUCUCACUCAGUGAUUUGAAGAAGUAGGUUGGAACGGAUGAACAGUGACAUUUUAUACAAAUACACCAGCAUGCAUCACGCAAUUACCCAGUG